AUGGCAGAAACUGAAAUCGCUCCUUUCCUGAAUAAAUUGGGAUACAUGCUGUUAGCUGAGGCUGAUUUGCUUCAGGAAGUUAAGGAUGAUGGCCAACUCUGGUCGCUGCAUUCCAUGUUAACAAGGCUAACACCCUUUCUAAUGGAAGUCGAGAGGAAGCAAAGCAAAUGCUUCCUGAAGGACAUAAAAGAAGCCAUUGAUGAAAUCAUAAACCUUGUCCAUAAGGCUGAAGAUGUUGUUGAUUCAUAUUUGAACACUAUAAGAAAAGGCUUGCGGACGGAUAAAGCUCAUCGUGAAGUUGGAAGCCAAAUUAUUGGAAUGGUGGAAAGGCUCAAGAGACUGCAUCAGAUGAUCCUUGAUACUCGUGCGGCUACUUCUGCAUCAAAGAGGCCAUUGACGACGAAUGAGGAUAGCAAUGAUGUGGUAAUAGGCCCGGAAGAUGAAGUAAAAAGGAUGAUAGAACUGCUGCUGCCCAAGGGUGAGAAUACUACUACUCGAUGUAACGUUAUUCCCAUCGUUGGGCCUGGAGGUAUUGGGAAGACGACUCUUGCUCGAAGAGUUUAUAAUGACCCAACCAUUGUGGAACACUUCCCUUGUCGUUUAUGGAUUCAGGUAUCUAGCGACUACAAGUUGGAAGAGUUGUUGCAGAACAUCAUAGAGCAAAUAAAGCGUUCUACAACAGCUCCUCCUCAUGCUGCUGCUGCUGAGAGAAAGGAGACAUGCCGCCUUAAAGAUUUGGCCUUUGAAACCUACAAGCUUCUGAAGACUACUCCCGCCAGGUACCUUAUUGUUUUUGAUGAUGUUUGCACAACCCAAUUCUGGGCUGAUAUUCAUAUGGUUUUUCCAAAGAAGAAAGUAAUUGGUGGAAGUAGAAUAAUUUUCACUACGCGGCAUGAUGAUGUGACUUCACNCCAAUUUUUAUUGAUAAAGUAG